AUGACUGAUCAUCUCUUAAAUGGAUCAUGGAGUGUUUCCUCGUUCUGUCCUCAGCAUCUUUCCAUCUACAUCUUUCACAGAAUACGCCUGGGAGCACCUUGUUUUGGUCUAUUACAAGCUUAUUCUCAUGACAAAACUCCUGACAUAACUGCUCAUGAAGAAACACCCGGUCGUGUCGCCCACGCCGUCUUUACUGAUUGUUCUUGCUGCAAACAUGGAAAAGGGGACGCGGAUCAUUAUCAAGAACACGAGUACCCGCCUUGCAAAGAUCUCACUGGUGAAGUUCAAUUCGUUGAAAUGGGAAUAGAAAAACCAAGUACCAGACUUAUCGGUCAAUUCAACACUGGAUUCUUGGCAGAUGAUAAAGAUUACUAUUACCAGGUUGAUGGUUAUCCAAAAGAACCUUUGUCUUUUGCGAAGGUUUCUCCGCCGGGUACAGCUCCUUUCCAAGUCGAUUUAGCAAUCGGAUUCGACCAUUUUGCCGGGAACUAUUUGAAGAUUUUCCAUGGUAAUGAGACAAUUGGAAGAACAAAGAUUAUCGAAAUCAAGCCGCGUUACUAA